AUGGUCUGUGAGUCUGGCUUCAUGAAAGUCCUCCGCAUGGAGCCUGGUGCAGUCGUGACCAUGUACUCGGAGUCUGCUUGCAGUCUUGUCAAUACUAAUCGGCUCCUUCGCUUGAUGCUCUCCUACAAUCUGGCCACCCUCAGUCUGCGUGCCGGUGCUGGGUGCUGGGUGCUCUCCGUGCUCUCUCACACACACGGCAGCAUCACGACUCCGCUCAUCACCGCCUCUGCCUCCGUCUCCACGCUGCACCCACCGCGCUCCACGGACAAGGCGUGA